AUGAACAAGAAAGAUAUGAACCCUCGGAUUGCAAGAUGGGCGUUAUUAUUUCAGAAUUAUGAUUUCAGUAUUGAACAUCGUGCAGGAAGUAAAAUGAAACACGUUGACGCAUUAAGUCGGAAUACCAAUAUAUUAAUGUUGUAUGAAAAUACUUUUGAGCAAACGUUGUCGAUUAAACAGAUUGAAGAUAAAGAUAUUAACAAGUUAAAAGAGCGGUUGAAGAAAUGUGAGGAUAAGUACUUUGAAAUGAGAAAUGGUUUAGUAUAUAGGAAGUAUAAAAGUGAGUUGUUGUUUUACGUCCCUAGUAGCAUGGAGGAUAAUGUGAUAAGGUCGGUGCAUGAGGAAUAUGGGCAUUUGGGUGUAGAAAAAACCAGUGAAGUAGUGUUGAGAACAUUUUGGUUUCCCAAUUUGAGAGAAAAAGUCAAAAGUUUUAUUUCAAAUUGCUUAAAAUGUAUCUCAUAUUCGCCAGUAUAUGGUAAAAAGGAAGGUGAGUUGCACCCUAUACCUAAGACUCCAAUACCGUUCGAUACAAUCCAUAUCGACCACUACGGUCCACUGGAGAAGACUGGUAAAAAAAAUAAAUAUUUGUUUGUAAUCAUUGAUGCAUUUACCAAAUUUGUUAGGUUAUAUCCUUGUAAAACAACUAACACGGUAGAGGUAAUUAGGCAUAUGAAUGAUUACUUCAGGUGUUAUAGUAUACCUAGAAGGGUAAUAUCUGACAGAGGUUCAACGUUCACGUCUAAUGCAUUUGGAGAAUUCUUAGCCCAGAAAAAAGUAGAUUUGGUAUUAGUGGCAACGGCGACACCCCGGGCAAAUGGUCAGGUUGAGAGAGUAAACCGUUGCAUAACAGCAAUGCUGGCAAAAAAGACAGUAGAUUUAAAUAGGUGGGACAGGGUAUUGCAUGAGGUCGAGUACGCAUUGAACAAUAUGUUAUGUGCUUCGACGGGUGAAGCCCCAUCUAAGUUAUUAUUUGGUGUAUAUCAACAUGGUACGGUGGAAGGUGAGUUUAGGAGGUUAUUGGUGGAAGUGGAGAAGGACAGGAACUUGGAGGAAAUAAGAAAAGAGGCUAAGGACAAGAUAGUAAAAAAUCAAUCAUAUAAUAAAAAAUAUUAUGAUGAGAAACAUAAGAAACCUACCUUAUAUAAAAAAGGAGAUUUUGUUGUAAUUAAAAAUACAGAUGUUAGUGUGGGGGUGAAUAAAAAAUUAAUACCUAAAUUUAAGGGCCCAUAUAUAAUAGACAAAGUGUUACUAAACGAUCGAUUUAUAGUCAAAGAUGUUGAAGGUUUUCAGCACACUCAGGUGCCUUAUGAAGGAGUCAUUAGCUCAGAUAACAUGAGACAUUGGGUUAGGAGCUUGGAAAAAUGA